CCCCUCCCCAGGAAGUGACCGACUAUGGGGAAGAGCGGGGGCUGCUGCUGCCGCCAACGCUUCUGCAGCGCCUGCCUGCUGGGACUCUUCAGCUGCCACUGGACUCACAAGAAGGGCCUGAAGACCAGCAAGUGUGACUGCGCCUGGUUCUUCCUGCUCUUCUGCGUUGGCCUUCUUGCUCUGGCCUGGCUCUACGUGGCCCUCGUCACACUCAACGAUUUCCACAACCUCAACGAGUUUGUCUUCCAGAAGACAGAAUGGUGGCUGGACUGGUCAGUGGUGAUGCUCUCUGUGACCGCCACUCUGGUCACCUACUCCUCUCUGCUGCUGAUUUUGGCCCUCUGCCUUCAGCUCUGCCAUCAGCCCCUGAAGCUGCAUUGGCUCCACAAGGGCCUUCUGAUCCUGACUGCGCUGAUAGUAGUGACUGCUUUUGUGGGGCUGGAAAUUCAGUGGUCGGAGCAGUGGGAGAGUGCCCACAUUGCUCUACAGGCAACCGGCCCCUUCCUGCACAUCGGAGCAGUGGCGGGCUUGACGAUGCUUGCCUGGCCAGUAGCAGCCUGCUUCUACCACAUCUCCCAUGCAGCUCUCCGGGUGCUUCUCCUGCUCUUGUAUCUGGGCGCAACGCUGGCUUUAUACCUGGCCCCCCUGGGCAUCGACUCACCCUGCUUCCUGGAGCAGAGCCAGCUUCCUCCCAAACCAGCCCUGUUUGGGCACCGUGGGGCUCCCAUGCUGGCACCGGAGAACACCAUGAUGUCCUUCCAGAAGGCCGUCAACUGUGGCCUGAGUGUCUUAGAAACGGAUGUCCGAGUGAGUGCCGAUGGGAUCCCUUUCCUCAUGCAUGAUGAGACACUCUUACGGACCACAAAUGUCCAGGAGGUCUUCCCCACCCAAGCCCACGCCAAAGCCAACACCUUCAGCUGGACACAGCUGCAGCAACUUGAUGCUGGCAGCUGGUUUUUGCAGAAGCAUCCCUUCCUCACAGCCUGGAGCCUUUCGGAAGAAGAGAUGGCCCAGGCCAGGAGGCAGCACGUUGUGUCUCUGAAGGAGCUGCUGGCAGAGGCCAAGAGGCACCAGGUGUCUGUCAUAUUUGAUCUGAUGCCACUGGAGGACCCCCACUAUGAGCGCCUGGUCAACAUCACAGUGGAGACAGUUCUCCAAUCGGGCAUCGGCCAAGAGCUGAUUCUGUGGCUGCCUAAUCAGUUCCGGAAGCAGGUGAAACAGCAAGCGCCCGGGUUCCAGCACAUCUACGGCCUCGAAUGUUUGGUCAACAAGACCGUAAGGUUUCCGCGAGUCAACCUGGCUUACCAAAAACUGAGCAGCGCAGAAAUCAGCGAGUACCGCCGGAACAAUAUCUCAGUCAACCUGUAUGUGAUAAACGCUCCGUGGCUUUUCUCCCUCCUGUGGUGUGCCGGGACUUCUUCGGUUACCACCAAUGCCUGCCAGGUGCUACAGAAGAUGCAGCGCCCCACCUGGCUGCUGCCUCGGGCCACCUAUCGCAUGAUCUGGAUUGUGACAGACUGCGUCUCCUUCCUGCUGGUUCUCUCGGCUUUCUUGCUGCUAAAAAGAUGGUCUCGGAAAAAGGACUCAAAAGGUUCCAACUCAGAUGUGCUCCUGACGAAGAUCCACAGCCUCUUGUCCGAGUGAAGCAGAGCGCCCAGAAGCCCCGGAUGUUGCCCUCCCUCUUGCUAGUUUUGGCAGGGCUCUCCUCUUUCAAAUGUUUUUCUGGGAACAGCCCGUCCUUGGUGCUUGCUGGCAGCAGCUGCUGGGAUCUGUUUCAGGGGCCUGUGUUGCCACAGCCUAAAAAGAGCAGCUAGUGCAGAAGUUCAUGGCAGCCUGGAUGCUGCAUUUCUUCUUGCAAGACUGGAACCCGGGACCUUCCUCAGCAAGACCCAGAUCCCAGAAUUACUGUAGAGCCUCAGGACAGAAUUAGGGAGCUACCGACAAUUUUCUUCUGGAUGUGGGACUGGGAGGGAUCUUUGAAGUGCCCCCUACCAAUAAAGCUGUCUGUACGGGCUGGGAAACCAUGCUGCUGUAAACACUCAGUCCACUCCCAGGGAGGGCAAAUAAAAGUGGGGGCGCACCCUCUCAAUGC